GUCGGGGAUCUAGGAAGAGGUCGGGAGAAGUCAGACAGUGGCGAGUCGUCGUCAUUGCUUGUCUGCUCGUCCCCCCGCUUCUCCCGUAUAAGCUCUGGCCUCCUCAAAAAAAACCCCAUCGUAUUGACCCUUAGUUGGCAACGCGGGUGACCCUGCCGCGGAGCCAGAAGCCGCUUUCCCUCCCUUCCCCCUUUUGACGGGAACCGAGGCUUGAGGUGCUCGGGCCAGCCUGCAGUCCCUGUCUGUCUGCGGAGGCCAUAGGGAUCGAGCGACCCCGUCUGCAGCUCCGGCCUCCGGGUGAGAAGCCCCCUUUCUCUGCAGGGGGAGGAGCCACCGGUCCCCUGCCUAAGUCUCCCCCCUCCCAGCCGCGCUGGGUGGGGCGGGCUUGGGGUCGAGAUGACCCAGGAGCGGCCCAAGUUCUAUCGGCAAGAACUGAACAAGACGGUCUGGGAGGUGCCUGAGCGAUACCAGAACCUCUCGCCGGUGGGCUCUGGGGCUUACGGCUCUGUCUGCUCUGCCUUUGAUACUAAAACUGCCCAGCGAGUGGCUGUGAAGAAAUUGUCCAGACCAUUUCAGUCCAUCAUACAUGCCAAAAGGACCUACCGUGAAUUGCGUCUGCUUAAACAUAUGAAACAUGAAAAUGUUAUUGGACUUCUGGAUGUAUUUACACCUGCAAAGUCAUUAGAGGAAUUCAAUGAUGUGUACCUUGUAACCCAUCUUAUGGGAGCAGAUCUGAACAAUAUUGUGAAAUGUCAGAAGCUCACAGAUGAUCAUGUACAGUUUCUUAUCUAUCAAAUUCUUCGUGGUUUGAAGUAUAUCCAUUCAGCUGACAUUAUACACAGAGAUUUAAAACCUAGUAACCUAGCUGUGAACGAGGACUGUGAACUAAAGAUUCUGGAUUUUGGGUUGGCUCGACAUACAGAUGAUGAGAUGACGGGGUAUGUAGCAACCAGGUGGUACAGAGCUCCUGAGAUCAUGCUGAACUGGAUGCAUUACAAUCAAACAGUUGAUAUUUGGUCAGUUGGAUGUAUUAUGGCUGAGCUGUUGACUGGAAGAACACUGUUCCCUGGUACGGACCAUAUUAACCAGCUUCAGCAGAUCAUGCGUCUGACGGGGACACCCCCUGCAUAUCUCAUUAACAGGAUGCCCAGCCAUGAGGCAAGAAACUACAUACAGUCCUUAUCUUACAUGCCGAAGAUGAAUUUUGAAAAUGUAUUUAUUGGUGCCAAUCCACUGGCCGUAGACUUGCUGGAGAAGAUGCUGGUGCUGGACACAGACAAACGAAUCACUGCUGCUGAAGCGCUUGCCCAUGCCUAUUUUGCUCAGUAUCAUGACCCUGAUGAUGAGCCAGUUGCAGAUCCUUAUGACCAGUCUUUUGAAAGCAGAGAACUUGAUAUUGAGGAAUGGAAAAGCCUGACAUAUGAUGAAGUAAUUAGCUUUGUGCCACCACCGCUUGACCAAGAAGAGAUGGAGUCCUGAGAAUCUGUUUCUCUCUCUUUGUCCCAUAUCACUGUGAGGGGAAGGCCUUUUUCAUAGGGAUUCUCCAAAUAUCAUUCAAGUGCCUCUUGCCGUGAAGAUUCUCCUUGGUGGAGGGGUUUUGUGUGUGUGUUUGUGUAUUGAAUGGGGGAGGGGAGAUUUGGAGGAAAAUAUUUAUACAGUUACUAUGUAAACAUGCUGCAUGUUCUCUUGUAUUUUUGUAUACAGCCUGGGACAUGCUUCUGAAGGCCUGUUUGAUUGCUUUUUAGCCCUUAUGGUUGGUAACCAGCUUUCACUGCUCUGGGGCAAGGCAGAUAUUAUGCAGGGAAGCUGAGACCUCAAAUUCUCAGUAGCAAUUCUUGCCAUUAAAUGGCUGUCCUAUCAAGAAAAAGAUUUAGAUGAUGGAAGUUGAACUAUUACUUGAACUGUGCCCUCUGCUUUUCAGGGGAGAGAAGGGAGGGUGAGGGAUGUAUUUCUAUCCCAUGCUAUGUGGCUGCUUUACACCCAAAGCCUCUUCCCAAUAUCGUAAACAGCAGAAUGGCUGUUCGGAAUUUUUUUGUCUGAAACAGUAAAAACAAAAAAGUGCCUUAAAUUAAAGAGGAAAUGAGGUCUGGAUUACUGCUUUCUUAACAGUAAGUGGAAUUGUGAGCUUGCUACUUUCCAGGGUGUGGGCCACAAGGUAGCCGCGUGUGACUACUGUGUCCAGGGUACAGAUCAUCCAAGAGGAUAGAGGGUGUAUCCUUCAUUAAUUGAAUUUGGUCAUAUCCCUUUCCUUGCCCUGCCCUUAUGCCAAGACAUCUCAGCAAUAGCUCUGUCAUGAUGCCUGUGCGCUUUUGUUUAUACUCUUAAGAUGGGGGGGCAAAUUGUACAUUCAUACAUAGGCUUACUUGUGUUACUUCGGAGGAGGCACCAGGAUGGUAAAUCACCCAGUAAAUCACUUUAUUCAGUACCACAGUCAGAGCCAUAAAGAACUGCAGCAUCCAUCUAACCUUGUGCAAUUCAUUGUUGACAUUUUGGGCACUUUCUAUAUGAAAAAGGGACAUAUGAACAUGCACAUUUCUUUGUUCUUCCUUUCUGUGGCUUUAAAAAUGUUUUCCUUUAUCAGUCUCAGUGUGUCAGAACACAUGGUUGAGUUAAUUGUAUUAAUACAUCACAGAAAUAAGUGAAGUUACCCUUUCUAGGGAAAUUGGGGGGGAUUGGUUCAAGUAUUUCGUGUUCAUCGGGUAUUCUGGGUAUCUUGAGAUCCUAUUUUUAAAGUAUUUUUCAAAAAAAUGUAUAAUGCAGGUAUCAUGCAUGGAUUAUAUGCCUGCCUCACUGAAGAGUGUAGCUUUGCAGUAUUUUUGUUUUCUGAUGGAUCUGGGAUUUUUGUGUAUUUAUCCCUUUGUACAGAGAAGCCACAAAAAGAUGGCAUGUGGAUAAUGAAGCCAUCAGAUCUUUCAUUUGUAGUGAUCUCCCUUCAGGUCAGACUCUCUGUAGAGAACUUGGAUUUGGGGUCCAGAGAGCAGCGCUCCUUCAUGCUUCUGGUUCAGAGGCCUCCUUAAGACCAAACUAAAUCAACCCUAUGCUGGACCUGCAGUCUGGAUAUUCAGAUGGAAAUGUAGAUACAUUCUGUAAAACAUACAGAGACUAUUUUUAUCAGUCAUUUUAUGUGUAGAUGCUACAGUGUGACUUACAUGCAGAAAUACUACAAGAGAAUUUUAAAAUGUAUAGGUAUUUUGUGUGUGAGUGGGAAUAUUUCAAAGCUGAUAUUCUCCGUGGGAGCCCCUGUGGAGCCCUGCAGUGUGGUGCUGUUCUACUGCCUGAAUUCUGGACAGAGAGUACACACUUUAUAGAGAAAUUCUGCAAUUUUGUUCAUAUCCAGGAAUUUUGCUCUAACUGGUUAUGCCAUAUAGGAUAUCACACAAAGCCACUGGUUUAAAAUAAAACCUAUUUUUCAGAGUUAAUGGUCUGUUGAUCCUUAUAAAACUAU